CGACGCUAGUGCUGGCGGUGCAUUGUGGGGCGGGAGAGUGACCCUGAGCGGCUUCUCUUUGGGUUUUUCCGUAUAGGGUGCUCGGAGAAACCGGUGAAGAGUUAUGUGGUACGAGAUCUUACCGGGCUUUGCCAUCAUGGCGGGAUGCCUCAUGGUCCCUGGCCUCUCUACUGCCUGGAUACACCGGUUAACGAAUGGGGGAAAGGAGAAGAGGAUCGCCCGGUAUGAGUAUCAGUGGUAUCUCAUGGAGAGAGAUAGGAGAGUGUCUGGGGAAAAAAGAUAUUACAAAUCAAAGGGUUUGGAAAACAUUGACUAACUGGCCGAAUACAUCAUGAAGAAACACUGAAUGCACCAAACAAACGUUUCAUUUUAUUGUAUUUUAAUAAAAUGACAUGUACAUAUUUAAAGUAAAUAAAUCUUCUCUUUAAAGCACUAA